AAGACACUAGGCCGACGCCCCUGCUCAUUUAAGCUUUACUUAAAGUUAAGUGAGCCGACGUCGCCACACUAUUGGAAAUGUUUGGCUCAGGCAUGCCAGGAGCGUUGCGGAAACCAGAACCGAUCGAAACGGAAGCGACCUGCCUCUGGUCAUCUCACUGAUCUCCGCACAGGUUCCAGGCGCUGCAGAAGAAGCAAAAGGACACCUCGAAGACGAAGGAGAGCGCCGCGGAUCGCCUCGAGGCCUCGCGGCGGCGCGCCGCCGCCGAGGUCGCCGCCGGGCGGGAGAAGCUGCGGGCGCAGCGCGAGGCGCGCGAACGCGUCGCGGCGGCGACGGAGCAGGCGCUGCGGGAAGAGCGCGAGCGGCAGGCGGUCGAGGAGAAGGCCCGGAACGCGGCGCUCGAGGAGUACGCUUCAUUAGUGCGGAAGCGCGACCCGCGCGCCGCGAGCGGCUGGUACUACGUCGACGACGCGGGCGCGCGGCAGGGGCCCUUCGCGUCCACGAAAAUGCGGGCGUGGUUCGUGGACGGCCACCUCUCGCAUGACCUCCGCGUCGCGCCCGUGUUCGAGGAGGGCGGCAAGCUGCCCGGGACGGACAUCAUGCAGCGCAUCGACGAGAUCUUCGACGAGCCCCUGCUGACGUCGGCGUUCCGCUCGGUCGCGCGGCCGAGGCCCCCGCCCAACGCGGAGAAGCCGAAGCCGCCGAAGCGGAAGCGCGACGACGCGCCGAAGCCGACGGGCGACUGGCUCAAGGACUCGCUCGCGCGGCAGAAGAAGGGGAUCCACCACCUGCGGCACGACCGGAACCAGGGCCCCGCGAUGCUGUUCGAGAGCCACGAGGCCUAGUGUGCUGCGGGCCUAAAGUGUUGUGUCCAAUUUCACCCGUUAUUUGCCUGUGAAUCACCCCACUGGUCACCCGAGACUUACCCCGAGAGAGAUCCGGGUCAAUAACUCGAGAGCCCGUGCAGCUUAGUCGGCCCGCCCGGACCUCCGUUCACGGGUCCCAGCCAAAUCUUCCAGGAAGUUGAGGAUCAAGUCGGGCACAAGUGUGAGCGCGGAUGUGCCGUCGGUGCAAAAGUGGAGGCAGUCACACUGGCUGAGUUUCGCGCAGGCCGAGUGCGCGUACGUGCUCGACCCCUGGUGCGAGUCGGGCCGCAGGUACAAGGGGCUCACGUCGAUGACUGGCACGCGCCCCGAAAAGACGUCGAGCGCGAGCGCAUCGAGGCGAGGGUAAUGGACAUACUGAUCCUUGUGCCAGUGCGGGUUCGUGGCCAGGACCUCCGGCGACCGGAGCCACGCCGACACGUUUGUGCCGCCUGGCAGCGGCGCCGUGCCGCAGCCGGCUGGAU